AAUAGCUUUUUCCUUGCCUCCGUCCACCAUCUCUCUCUCCUCCCCUCCUCCUCUGUCUUUCACUGUCAACCUCUUUACAUUUCCACAAAAGCCCCAAACGAGCACAUUCCACCUACCCAUCUUCUUUUACCAUGUUUGCAGGGCUAGCUAGCUAGGUUACCAGUAGGCUAAGUUGCUCCCCCCCUUUUAAAGAAAAAGUAUCUGCCCAACUUACAAAUGUCUUCAGAUUACAAAGUUAGGAAAAGCCCAGCACUAACAUCAUAACCCUUUCAUAAGGUUUCUAUGAUUGAUGAACAAAAGAUUCAAAAAGAAUCCUCAAACCAAUAAAAGAUCGGUAGUUACUGUUCUUUUUCCCCUAUAUAUCAUCCUCCCCGUAGCUUCUUUCAUCUCCAGCAUCUCGCUAACCAAUACUACUAGUGUCCUCCCAGCUAUCUCAUGGACAGCGCUAGUCAUGUUCAUGGCAUUCUUGAACCCUAGAUAGAGUUUAAACAUCUUUGACAUGUAAUCAAACCCUUACAUUUUAACUUCAUAUCUCUCAGAAACACUUCUUGAAGCUCCCUCCAUCCACAUCUCACAUUCUUAGACCUAAUAACAGUACUACUGUGAUAUCUUAGUCUCUAUGUACCUAUUUCAUAUGGGAUCAUCAAAUUCCAGGUGAAAUCUUCUAGCCAACAAACACCAUCUUCCUUAAUUCACGCUUCCAAUAAAUUAAGCCAACAAAUAUGGACUCUGUUCAAGACUUCAGCAGUACCGCAACACACCCAACAAUCACAAUCCCCCUCAACACCACCACCACCACCACCACCUCCCCCUCCUCUUCCUCCCCCAUCACCACCACCACCACCACCUCCCCCUCCACUCUCAGCCGCUAUGAGAACCAGAAGCGGCGAGACUGGAACACCUUUGGCCAAUACCUCCGGAACCACCGCCCCCCUCUCUCCCUCUCCCGGUGCAGUGGGGCCCACGUCCUCGAGUUCUUGCGUUACCUUGAUCAGUUUGGAAAAACCAAAGUCCACACCCAACUCUGCCCCUUCUUUGGCCACCCGAAUCCGCCUGCACCGUGCCCGUGCCCUCUCCGCCAGGCCUGGGGCAGCCUCGAUGCACUUAUUGGCCGCCUCCGUGCUGCCUUUGAAGAGCACGGAGGCAAGCCUGAGAACAACCCCUUCGGGGCUCGUGCUGUUAGGCUUUAUCUACGUGAAGUUAGGGAUUCACAGGCAAAAGCUAGAGGGAUUAGCUACGAGAAGAAGAAGAGAAAGAGACCACCACAGCAGCAUAAUCCUGCUUCCCUGAUGCCACCACAAGCACCACCAGAGAGCACUACUGGUGCAAGUAAUCAUGAUCAGUAAGAAAUUAAGCUAUAGUAGUAAUCUACCUAUUUGCAUUAAAUUUGGGUUUUCAAGAGAAAGAUCAAUGAGGAUGUUAUAUAACUCAUUACAACUUGAUGAUGAUCUCUUAAAAUAUGUUUGCAAUGAAUUAAGUAAUGGAUUUUCCAACUAGCUAGCUAAGGGCAUUUUCUUUUCUGUCAUCAAUGUUAUUGCAUCACAUGUGUAAUAUUGGAUGUUGGGUUUAAGGAGCUUUUAUAAAGCGGUUAGAUUGCUUUGUUGGAUAAUGUAAGGAUUUCGGUUCCCGGUAAUAGGCAUGGCAGUAGCUAGUAAAAUAUGUUUGUGAUCUAGCAUCCAAUUGUCAUAGAAAAGGCUAUUUAUGACAGGUAGUGGUAGUGUAAUUGAUUUGGA